GCCAAGAAAAUUUCCCUAAGAUAUAUAGAUUGUUUUUCUAAUGGCUCUGCAGCUUCAAAUUGCAUCACGCCCCUUUAACUGUACUAAAAUGCAUUUUCCUCAAGAAGGAAAGUCUUCAUCUCUUACAAUGAGGAGCCCCAAGCUCGAGGUCUCUUGUGCAACUCGACACAAGGCAUCAUAUAAAGUUAAUAAUAAUACUCAAACAAUUCCUCGUCAAUCUGCAGUUUUUCAACCUACAAUUUGGACUUAUGAUUAUAUCCAAUCAUUAAGUACUGAAAAUAAGGUAUGUUUCUUCUUCUUUUAUUUUGUUUAGUUUCUUGUAUGUGAAUUUCUGAUACCCUUGAUGCUAUUAUAAGUGCUUCUCUACGAUAUGUUCGGGCUAAUAUCUUCUUGUUAAAUUAAUGCCGGAAGAAAUUUACACAGAUAAAGUAAGAGUGAUAAGGGAAGAAGUAAGGACGAUGCUUUGCAAAGUGGAAAGUGAGCUUGAUCAACUUGAGUUUAUUGAUGUAUUGCAAAGAUUUGGAGUGGAUUAUCAUUAUGAGAAUGAAAUAAGAAAGUUCUUGGAUGAUAUUUACAAAAUGGACACCUUGAACGAAGAAAAUGAUUUAUAUGCUACAGCACUUAAGUUCAGACUCUUAAGGCAGCAUGGUUAUAUUAUAUCUUCAGAUGUAUUUAUUCACUUUAAAGAUGAUCAAGGUGGCUUCAAGAAAAGCCGUACUCUUGAUGUGGAGGGACUGUUAUCAUUAUAUGAAGCCUCAUUUCAUUCAUUCGAAGAUGAAACUAUAUUAGAUGAAGCAAAAGAUUUUACCUCAAAAUUUUUGAAAGAAUAUUUGAACGAGAGGAAAGGCAACAACUACACAUCCCUUUUAAUCAAUCAUGCCUUGGAGCUACCAUUACAUUGGAGGAAUCCUAGAUGGGAGGCUCAAUGGUUCAUUAAUGUAUAUGAAAUGAAGCAAAACAUGAUUCCAACUUUACUUCAGUUAGCUAAACUUAGUUUCAAUAUUGGCCAAGCCAUCUAUAUAGAAGAGCUCAAGGAAUCAUCCAGAUGGUGGAAUAAAGUGGGCCUUGGAGAAAAGUUGAGUUUUGCUAGAGAUCGGUUGGUUGAGGGCUAUGUUUGGACCGUAGGAGCGAACUCUAGGCCAGAUCUCGAAUACUUCAGAAAGAAUAUGACAAAGGUCAAUAACCUAAUUGUCAUAAUUGAUGAUGUUUAUGAUGUGUAUGGUACAUUGGAGGAAUUGGAGCUUUUCACAGAAGUAAUCGAAAGGUGGGAUGAUCCAAAUGCCGUGGAUAGUCUCCCAGACUACAUGAAAACAUGCUUUCAUGCAAUCUAUAACUUUGUCAAUGAAAUUGCUUUGGAAAAUCAAAAGAAGAAUGGGUACGAUAUCACCUCAUACCUAAUGAAAACGUGGGUAGAUCUAUGUAAAUCAUAUUUCAUUGAAGCAAAGUGGUACCAUGGUGGAUAUAUUCCAAGCAUCGAAGAAUACUUCGAGAAUGCUUGGAUUUCCAUAAGUAUGCCUGUUUUACUAACGCAUGCUUACAUCUUGGUUCCACAUUCAAUAAAAAAGGAAGAGUUGGAUCAUUUGGAAAAAUACCCAGAAAUAAUUCGAUUUCCAGGAAUGAUAUUACGCCUUGCUAAUGACAUUGGAUCAUAUAAGGGUGAAAUUGUGAAGGGUGAUUCUCCCAAGUCAAUUGAAUGCUACAUGAAUGAAAGUGGAGCUUCUGAAGCAGAGGCUCUUGAGUAUUUAAACUCUGUGAUGUAUAAAACAUGGAAGAAGAUGAAUGAAGUGACUCAUAAUUCUUCUUUCUCUAGGUGUUUCAUAAGUACAACUGUAAACCUUACAAAUAUGGCAUUGUGCAUGUACCAUCGUGGAGAAGGAUAUACUACUCAAGAUCCUGAAUUUACGAGUCUCAUCCAAUCAUUAAUUAUUCAACCCAUCCCUAUUACACAGACAAACAGUUAAUGCUCAAAUUAGUUUAUGCAUUGUUUUUUGUUGUUGUGUAAUAAUUUAUGCAUUGUUUUAAGUACAAUAUGUAAUGUGAGUUUUAUUUUUAUGAAUAAAUGCAUUAACUUGGUUGUCAAUAA